AUGCUAUGGAUUCAAAAGCUUCAGUAUUGUUCAGAAAACAUUCAUCAAUUAUUUGGUGAUGAAUUAAAUGAUGCUAAACAUGAGUUGAAUGCUGAAGACUUUGAAAAUUUUUAUGUAUCAUUAUGUGCUAGCAUAGAAAGCGCAUUAAACGGAUUUACUAAAUGGAUGGAAACCUGGAUUCAUUUGCCUCUCUGCAUUUGCCAAUUAGGUGGUGUAAAUGGAUCUGAAUUUGCUCGCGCUUUUUUGACUAUAUUUUUUAAUAAAAAUUUUUUAAGAGUUUCAACCUUAAAAGAGAUUUCUUAUAUUAAGCUUUUAAGAGAAGACCUAUUAAAUAAAUAUUCAAAUACAUUCGGAUUAUUAGAAACAUUAGCACAGCGUGACUUUUUUGAAGAAUUUGAAAAUUUUGCCAAUUCUGAUAUAUCAGAACCG